AUGCGAUGGGUCAUAUGCAGAGCGAUUUGGAUGUGCCUUGGUGUGUGCACUGUGGGUCAGGAGAGUGGCAUUCCAAAACCUUUUCCGGCAGCGGUGCCGGAGACAUUCAGCGUGGCCCUGCGCAAUGAUGGUGGAAUGGCGCUUCACAAGGGUCACACAGGGGAUGCCGUCGCAUGGGGCAGCUUUCAAGAUGCAAUCAAUUCGACUGGAUGGGCAGUCCUUGAUGUGCAUACAUCACCACUGGCAAGUGGCAACACCCAGAGUUAUGCUGCCGGCUUCCUUGAAGGUGCCUUGACCCACACCCGGAUCACACAGCAUUUGCAGAACAUGUGGGGUGUGGACUUCAAAGGCUACGCAACAGGCACUGUCCCUCAGAAAGUGCGUGACUUCGUCUCUGCGAACAUGGCAUGGAUGGUGAGCAUGGUCAAAGGGAAUCCUUCGGACAACUAUUGGACAACUGUCGGAUACUUGCUGGCGCAGCUCCAUGGACUUGCUGAUGGAUACGAGGCGGCCCGAGACCAUCAGCAAGGAGAGCUACCACUGACUGUCGAGGACAUGCUCAUGCUAGUCAUGGUGGACACCGAUAUGGACGAUGUUGUGACUGCAGUGGUUGCCGAGGGACAUUUCAUCAACGAGCAUUUCUUGCACCGUCGGCAUAAGCGCAGGCACAGGAUGUUCGAUCCCUUUCCGGAGUUCUUCGAAGUUAGCAGGAGGCAUCAUGGGCAUUGCAGUGCCGUGGUUCAGGUGGCGCCAAACUUCGAAGACUUGUGGGUCACCCAUGCAACAUGGGAUGAAUAUCGGGGAAUGCUUCGAAUCAUCAAGUACUUCGACAUGCCACUGCCGGGCACAGAAGUGCAGCGCAUGGCUUUCACAGCUGACCCAGGUGGAUUGUACAGCGCUGAUGACUUCUACGUGCUGGAUUCUCAGCUUGUAGUCAUGGAGACGACAAUCGACAACUACAACAGGUCCCUGUGGUCCAACAUAAAGCCUGAGACCCUGAUGACGUGGGCCAGGGCCAUGGUCGCCAAUCGACUUUCCAAGAAUGGUGCUGAGUGGACUUCCUAUCAAGUGCGUGAUAACAGCGGCACCUGCAACAACCAGUGGAUGGUGGUCGACUACAAGCGCUUCGAGCCUGGCAAGCCCUUGCAGGAUGGGGUGCUGUGGAUUUCGGAGACGAUGCCUGGACAUGCGCAAACGGGCGACGUGACCCAUGUCCUGCGGAAGCAGCACUCAUGGCCCAGCUACAACAUACCUUUCUUCGAGAACAUAUGGAAAGUUGGCGGCUACGAACACCUGCAGGCAAAGACUGGCUCAGAUGACUUCAGUUUCGACCACUGCCCACGUGCCAAGAUGUUCCAGCGUGCGAGGCAGGAAGGCUUCGGGAACUCCCUGAAGUCGCUCAUGGCUUUGAUCAGAUACAAUCGACUGGAUGAUCCUUUGGCCCUUGGGGAUGCCUGCAACGGGAUCAGCGCUAGGUGUGAUCUCAACCCUCAGAAGCAUGUGAGCUACGACUGCUUCGGGGCAAUCGAUGCAAAGGUCGCAAGCUGGAGAUCGAGCAAACACGACCUUUCCUUCCUUGCUGUGUCAUCACCGACUAGAAGCAACGGUGAGCGGCCAUUUGCCUGGAGCCGGGUAAACGACAAGCUCGAUGGCUGCAAGCCUGAGAACCAUAUCGGGCAUCCAGACACCUUCGCUUUCGAAUGGUACAAGAUGCCUGCAAACUGGCCAUCAGCACCUUCUGAGACUCCCAGCUUUUUCGUUUCUGAGCCAAGUUCGUGGCUUUCGUUGGAGAAAGCAGCUGCGAUUUCAAGCAGCCUGGCUUGCAUGUUACUCCUUGCGUGCAUAGUGCAACGAGCAUAUUGCCAAACCGACGGUGACCUUCCAGCCACUCGUUACGAACCGCUGGACGCUUGA